UUCUCACAGCCAUAAGAGGUUAUGGUCUGCAAACCUAUAUCUCCAAGGAGCAAAGGAAACCAGAGCAAUGGCUUAGGUCAGAUCCACAAGAUGAACCUACCAUAAAUCCUGAAUUUCUGUUCUGGAUGAGACAAGACCAAAUUUUGGCCUCUUGGAUCUUGUCCUCUCUAUCUGAAUCCUUGCUUGUUACCACUGUUGGGCUAACAACUUCCAGGGAGAUAUGGGAAAGCCUAGAAGUCAGUUUCUCCAGCCAGUCUAAAGCUAAGAUCUUGCAGCUCAAACUUAAACUGCAAACACUCAAAAAGGGCAGUCUGAGCAUGAGAGACUACCUAAAUCAAGUCAAGGCUUGUUGUAACACCUUAGCUGCUGCAGAGCUACCCAUCAAUAAAGAAGAACAAGCUAUGCAUAUUCUUGCUGGUCUGGGACAGGAGUACAAUCCAGUGAUGGUCUCCAUUAUGUCUAAAACAUACUCUCUCAUGCUUAGAGAUGUGCAGUCCCUAUUGUUAAGCUUUGAGACAAGGCUUGAGACCUUUACCCCUGAAGGAGGCCAAUACAACACAGAUGGAUCCUCACCAAGCAUCAACUUUGCAGCUCACACUUCACAAAACGAAAGGGGGAACUACUCCAAUAGAGGAAGAGGUAAUG